UGGGAAGCCGAAUUGUACUCGGCGAUUUGUAUCUGUUUCCAUAGAAAGGCAAGCGGAGGAGUAAGGGAGGAAAAGGCCAAAAAUAAAAAAAAAGAGGCGAACGCUGUGUUCUUCUGCAUCGCGUUUACUGGAUUGGAGAUGUGGAUUGUGUACCACACCCGGCUGGCGGGCGUGUGUGGCACACAAUCCAUAUCUUCUUCGAUCCAGGAUUCCUGGCACACGCGCCCAGCACCGGCUUCUCUAGACUGCACUGCCAGGUUAUUUCUCUUCGAGUGACCGGCUCGAGAGAAUUCUGCAGCAAGUGUUGAGGAAUUCUGCAGCAGGAGCGCGAGAUUUAUCGAACCGGAAGCAAUGGCAGCAAUGGCCGUCCAAGCUUUGGCUUCCACUUCGUCCGUGUCGAGGUUGGCAUCCGUCAGCAACGGCGUGAGCGCAUCGUCUCGGCUGGAAUUCGCGCCCUUGCGUUCGGUUACUUUGAAGAGGAGCAAUGUUGUGCAAACCGUGUGCUCCGCAGCUGCUUCCGACCGCGUGCCUGAUAUGGGAAAGAGGCAGCUGAUGAACCUGCUGUUGUUGGGUGCCAUCUCCCUGCCCACCGCUGGUCUUCUGGGACCUUACCUGUACUUUUUGGUUCCUCCCGGCUCAGGAGGCGCUGGUGCUGGAGUCACCGCUAAGGAUGCUUUGGGUAACGACAUCACCCUUAAGGGCUGGCUGAAGACCCAUCAGCCAGGUGACAGGACUCUUGCUCAGGGUUUGAAGGGAGACCCCACUUACCUCGUGGUCGAGAACGAUGGUACUCUAGCGACAUACGGUAUCAACGCCGUGUGCACUCAUCUCGGAUGCGUCGUGCCUUUCAACAACGCCGAGAACAAGUUCAUCUGCCCAUGCCACGGUUCGCAGUACAACAACCAAGGAAAGGUUGUCCGAGGUCCUGCGCCUUUGUCUCUGGCUUUGGCUCACGUGGAUGUUAUUGACGAGAAGGUUGUGUUCAGCACAUGGUCAGAAACUGACUUCAGGUCCGGCGAAGAGCCAUGGUGGUCAUAGAUGACUCGCCGCUUGUAUAUCAGAUUCUUCUGUCGCAAUUGCUAAUUUGGUGACAUCGAAUUGGAAGAUUGCAAUUCAUUAUCAGCUCGCUGUGUAAACGAUAUGAUAGUCUUUCAACGGAUUUGUAACAUUUACGUUCUCUUUUAAUGUGCCACGACAUCUUUUUAGAAAAAAAGCAUUUGGACAAUGCCUUGUCAAUUGAUAGGUGUUGAUAGGAACUCGGUAUGCCCGUCCAGGUGAUCGAAAUCUCUAGUAGUUUGGCUCUUAUUUUAAAGUCCAUCUAGGCACUGCUAUGAACAUGUUCAUUCUGUAUAAUGUGAUGGUCAAUUUCCUGUUAUUCUCUUUUUCUCUUAAGUUUUCCCAUCUUCGAGAGACGUGCAUAUUGUGGGUAGCAAAGUCAUACGUCUUUUCAUGAACCGAUGUCACAUCCAACCCCUCACCGACAGUUGGAGAAUUGUUUAUAGGUGCAAUUUCGUAUUAGAUCUACCUAUUCGGAUCGACUAGUGAGGUAACUCUGGGAGGUUGUGGAUGUUAUG